AUGCCACUGCAGCCACUAUGGCAGCCACUACUGCCUCUACAGCCUCAGCCCCUAGCCCCUCUGCAGUCUCAGCUCCCAGCUCAGCUACAGCAGCAGUCUCAGCUCUCGCUUCAGCCUCUACCACCACAUCAGAUACAAGCGCCACUGCAGCCUCAGCCUCAUCCACUGCCUCAGUUUAAUCUGCCGCCACAGCCUCAGCUUCGACCACAACAGGCCCUUCAGCCUCACCCGCCGCCUCCACAGCCCCCGCCUCGGCCUCAGCUACAAGCCCCUCUGCAGCCUCAGCCGCUGCAGCCUCAGCUUCGACAAAGGCAGCCACUACUGCCUCAACUACAGCCUCAGCUCCAAGCUCAUCUGCAGCCUCAGCCACUGCAGCCUCUACUCCAACCACAACAGCCCCGGCCUCAACCACUGCUUCAGCCACCGCAGGCUCAACCCCAGCUCCAAACAUGGCCUCAGCUACAACCUCAACCACCUCAGGUUCAGCUUCAGCCCCAACUGUGGCCUCAGUUUCAACUGCAACUGCAACCGCAGCCUCAGCCCCCAUUACGGCCUCAGCUACAAUUGCAGCCUCAAUUGCCACCUCAGCCACAGUCGCAGCUUCAGUCUCAGCCUCAGCCUCAGCCUCAAACACCCUCUACAGGUACGCCAACCUCACCAAAUGACAGUCAUAUGAUAAAAGUGUUGGAAAAUCAAAAUGAACUCACCAGACUGCUCAUGAAACAACAGUUGUCAUCCACCUUACCACAGGGCAGCAUUCCGGUCUUUGAUGGUCAGGUACUAGAAUACAAGUCAUUUAUUCAUAGUUUUGAAAACAUGAUUGAAAGCAAAACUGACAACCAGAGAGACCGUUUGCAAUUUCUGAUUCAGUACACAAAGGGCCAGGCACAACGACUAGUUAAGAGCUGUGAAUACAUGGAACCGGAUAAAGGAUAUAAAAAAGCACUGAAAUUACUGAAGGAGAAUUUUGGCAACGAGUAUAAAAUCUCUUGUGCUUACUUGGAAAAGGCCCUCUCAUGGCCUCAGAUCAAACCACAGGAUGCAAAGUCCCUGCAGGAGUACUCCAUGUUCCUGAGGAGCUGCUGCAAUGCAAUGGAGGAAAUGUCGUACAUGGAGGAGCUGGACACGAUAUCCACAAUAAAAAGCAUUGCCGUGAAGUUGCCCUACAAACUCAGGGAAAAAUGGCGCAACAAAGCAUUUGAGCUACAGCAAGAACGUCAAAGCAGGGUAAGAAUUUCAGACUUUGUGUCUUUUCUUGAAAAGCAAGCCCUCAUAGCAAGUGACCCCAUGUUUGGAGAUCUUCAAGAUCAGUCAGUCGUUAAAGGAAAAACUCCUGUUAAAACACGGCCCUCCAAGUCCUCUAGCAGUAGCUAUGUGACUAGUGUAGCCCCUGUCACAGGAGCAAGUGCUGACCCAUCUUGUCUGUUUUGCAGCUCCAAACAUGCACUAGACUCCUGCCAAAAGUUCACAAAAAAGGCCCAUAGAGACAAACUAAGUUUUUUGAAAACCAAGGGGAUCUGCUAUGGAUGUCUGACCCCAGGGCACAUUAGCAAAGAUUGCAAUAGGCGUCUUACCUGCAACGUGUGCAAACGAACACAUCCAAGUAGCCUUCACAUCCCAACCAAGGAAACAGUCAGUCCAUCUGCUGUUAGUGUAGCAGAGUCAUGUCAUAUAGGGGCCGGAGACCAUGAGAGCAUUCUCUCCAUUGUACCAGUGAAUGUCAAGGCAGCAAAGGGCAGCCAUGUCAUACAAACGUACGCUCUGCUGGAUCCUGGGUCUUCUGCCACCUUCUGUUCAGAAGACCUCAUGACACGUGUGUCACUCAACACUGAACUGCUACAGGGUCCAGACCUCACCAACACUCUCCUUGGAGUCAUCAUGAGGUUUCGCAAAGAGCCCAUUGGAAUCAUGGCCGACGUCAAAUCAAUGUUCCACCAGGUAGCAGAGACCAUCAAGCACAACUUUUACGUCGACGACUGUGCCAGGUCAGUGUCCAGCGAGUCCGAUGCCAUCCAGCUGGUAAGAGAUCUCACUGCAUUGUGCAGCAAAGCCAAGCAGCUGCUACAGGAGCUCUGUCAGGCGGGCUUUGGAUGGGAUGAGCCUUUGCCACAGGCCAUAUCAAAGCGAUGGAUGGAAUGGACCAACAGCUUGGAGAUGAUCAAAGGCUUCAGUGUGCAGCGCUGUCUGAAACCAGAGGGCUUCGGAGUGACCAGGUGUGCCGAACUACAUCAUUUUGCAGACGCCAAGCUGAAGAGGGCACUGAUGUCUCUCCAUCAGAAGAAGAUCCAAGACGCCCUGCUUCCUGAUGGCGUUGAAUGGAGCUUUAACCCACCUGCUGCAUCACACCAUGGCGGAGUCUGGGAAAGGCUCAUUCGAUCCGUCCGGCAGGUGCUCAACUCCACUCUGCAUCAGCAAACCACAGACGAUGAAGGCCUUCAAACCCUGUUCUGUGAGGUGGAGGCCAUCCUGAACAGCCGCCCCCUCUCCACAGUGUCCUCAGACCCCUAUGACCUGGAACCGCUGACCCCCAAUCAUCUCCUUUUGUUGAAGACCACGCCCACUCUGCCCCCUGGAGUCUUCCAGAAGUCUGACAUCUACGCCAAGCGCCGCUGGAAACAGGUCCAGUACAUGGCUGAUCUCUUCUGGCUUCGAUGGACGAAAGAAUACCUCCUCCUGCUCCAAGAGAGGCAGAAAUGGACAGGCACGAAGAAGAACUUCAACAUCGGAGACAUCGUGCUGGUCGUCGAUCCCACUGCUCCACGAGGGUCCUGGCCAUUAGGAAGAGUCCUGGAGACCAUAUCGGACGCCAAAGGCCUGGUCAGGUCUGUGAAGUUGAAGACCAAGACAUCAGUCCUUGAGAGGCCCAUUACCAAGCUGUGCCGGAUUCUUGAGGCUGAUGACGAAUCCUGA